AUGUCGACGCUGACACCAAGUGUUGUUGCUUUGUCUACUAACACGAAUGGUCUUCAUGUGGUUGAUCAUUGUGUCAAGCAUUUCUCAAGUGAAGAUACUAAGAAAUGCUUUGACAUUAUUGAUACGGAAGAGGAUGAUAUCUAUCAAGCUUGGAGGUUUAGGGCUGCCAAGCGCUUGCGAGGUAUGCUCCAUGCCAUUCGCAAAAAAGGUGCCCAUCCAUAUUGGAUCCCACCAGAAGUUCUUAGUGAAUUGAUGAGACGUUGGAACGCUGAUGCCUAUAGACAAUUACAGGCGAGAAAUACAGCUGCCAGGAAAUUGACUCGAGGUACUUCUCUUCACACUGCAGGAGGCACCACCUUUCCAGAAGCGAGGUUACGCUUGAAUCAUUCGCUUGGAAGACAAUCACAUAUGGAUGAGUUUUUUGAGCACACUCAUACUCGCAAAGAGGAUAGGACUCAAUGGGUUGAUGAAAACUCCCGAAAGACAAAGGUAACUUACCUUUAUUAAUUGUAACUAUUUUGU